CGCACUUUGUUGUGUUUACCUUCGGGUUGAAGAAGCAGCGUUUGCGGUUUUGUGGAAAUCUACAGGCAUUCACAGGCAAGUUUACUCUAAACACCUAGACUCUGUCUGUUACAAGCUUUCCUGUCCACCAUGGCAAGUACAACAGUGAAGUUUAUCUGGUGUUCUUGCCGCAACUAUAAAAUCCAGUCCAAAGACACGCACGAAAAGUGUUUAAUCUGCCUGGGAAUCCAACACGCCAAAGAAGCCGUGCUCGAGUAUGGAAAAUGUCAACACUGUGCCAAAAUGGACUGGAGUACUUGUAUCAAGCGUCUCACCAAGGUGCAGGAGGUGAUCCAUCAGGAGGCCCAGCAGCGGAAAAGCGAGGCGUCUCAGAAUGGAAUUCAGCCUAAACUUGAAGCGGUGGCAUCGUCAGCUAAAUCUGUGAGGGUGGUGUCUGCUACACCUACCGUAAAAGAGACUGCAAAUGCUGCUCCUGGACCAUCUUUCUCCACUGCACCCGUCAUGUUCACUCUUGUCUCACCGUCUAUGGACUUGCCUGAUCCAAACGCUGCAGCGGUAAAAGGUACGUACCUAUCACAUGUCGCCUUGCAGCAUAAGCUAGACUCAGCUCCAUCUGUAGCGCCCACGUCAACGCCUUCGACCUCACACAAGAGAUGCCAUUCGUCUAGGUGUCACUCGUGCUGCACGAGGCACUCAAGCAGGGGCUGCGGACGGAGAAAGAAACGGCCCCUGUCUUCGUCCUCAUGUUCGUCCUGGAGCUCUGACUCCUCCUGCGAGUCUGUUCGGGAGAAAAGGACCCGGAGGGAAACGAAGAAUUCUACAAAACUUGACCGGAAAAGUGAUCAGCUGCUUAACUUGGUGCAGCAGAAACUGGAAGCCCAGCAGAGGGCCAUGCAAGUACAUUGGAGCGCAAUAGAGAGAAGGCUUGAUGUCUUGGAGAAAAACAGGAUACAGGUCGACGUUACAAAUUUAGCAGAAAGCUCUCAAGUGGAUCAGGGACAACAGACCGGUAGCACUGCUGGUUCUGGAUCUGUUUCUCUAUCUAAUGUAGUAAAGCAAGAAGACGGGCCAAUAGAUAUCUCGCUUGCUAUAAAAUCUAGUUUACGGCCACGGGUGAGUUCAGUGCAAGAGGUUCUCACGUCUGAUGAGCUGCAGAAUCUCAUAGUACGGGCAGCCAAACACUUGGGUAUCGAUUUUCCUAAAUCUCAAAAUGACUCCCCACAUCCAGUUAUGUUGCCAGAGUUUGAGGACUUGGUCCAAAGUACGUGGUCCAACCCAGCGAGCUCACAACCUUUCAAGCCAGUGUAUUCUGAGUUGUACAGGCUUCACGAAAGCCAGUCUCUACCUUACGACCAGAUGCCUCAAGUGAACAAGCUUAUGUCGGCCAUCUUCCAAGCCGUCACGCCUGCAAGCACCCGAGAACAGUCUGUUCCUCCUGAGCCCUGGAGAGUCACGGAAGAGCUUGCAGAAAACUCUUAUCAAACCGCCGGCAUGCUAGCAAAGACUGCUAACUACUUGCGUUACUUGUCGGAUUACCAGAAGCGCCUCUUAGCCGAGAUUUCUGAAAACCCGACGCCUCAAAGGCUCCCAGGUGUUUUCAGUGAGCUCAAGCUCAUCGGAGAAUACACCUUUCAGCUUUCUUCACACCAGGCAGAACUUUCUGGGAGGAUCAUGGCAGCAUCUGUGGCUGUUAAACGACAGACAUGGAUGGCCAAGACCAAUUGCCCAGAUUCGCUGAAAGCUACAUUUGCAGAUCUUCCUUUCGUUGUUGAGACUCAAAAAUAGACACUUGGAAUUGUUCAGAUUAAGUUGUUUAUGAAUAACAUGUAGAUUUUGAUGUGUGUGUCUCCCCCCCUCUUAAUUAAUGAAUCAAUUUUAAUGUUAUAUUGCAAAGAAAACUCUUACAUUGAACAGGUUACAAAAGUGUGCACAUCUAUCAGAUUGUGAGGGGAUUUAACGUGCACAGCCGUCUCCAAAUCAUUCCACGUGAUUGGAAAAGGAUUUACAUCUGGACGGUGACCUGGACAUUCCAAAACUUGAUCUUCUUUUUCUGAAGCCAUUUCGUUUGUUGACUGUCGUUAUUGUUCAGGAGGUGAAAAAUUCAUCUUCAGCUGUUUAAUUGAGGAUUGCACUGUUUUGUGAACAAUUACAGUAGGUGAUUCUCUCCACCUAACCCCAGUCCCAGAUUGAGAGAAGCAGCCGACAACACCAUGCUUCCACCACCAUGCUUCAUUAUGUGUACGGUGUUCUUUGGGUGAUAAGCUGUCUUGUUUUUGUGUAUAUAUAUAUAUAAAUGUGUUGACAGCCUCUCUGAUAGGUUUUAAAACUUAGAUAGUAGAUACUUCAUGUAUACUGCUUUUUGUUUGUCUAUGCAUACAGUGAAUUGCAGUUUGUGUAAAUAGGUUGGAUGGGGAAAAGACAACGUAAAUACGCGUAAUAUUUUCGCCAUCUGUUUGAAAAACCUGUUUGAAUGUUUCUUUGUUCUUAGCGCAUUACAAAAACUCUAUAAGAAAACACUAACGACUAAAGAGCUUCUUUACAAACAGAUUAGGAGAAUACUAACAUCUAAAGCUUAAAAGAAAACAACAACAGUAAUCUGGGAUCACACUAAAAACCAAAGAGGUUUUUUAAAGAACGGUCGAGCUUUUUCGCAAACAAUUUAGCAAACGUUAAGAACUAAAGACCUUUUUAAGAACGUGUUAAGAAAACGGCAAGGACCCGAAAACGGUUUAGGACGUGCUGAGAACUAUUUCUGGAAAUCCACGAAGGAACGUUUUUAUUAUAAUUUUUACCAGUUUAUCGAUUCCGAUGACGAUGCCGCAGCAUUGAAUAUCGACCGAUAUCGGUACAUCCGAUAUUCAUAUUUCUUCAAACCUGAUGGUGUUUUAUAAUAUUUUUAGCUUUUAUUAGAUUGAAAAAAUAAAUAAUAAUAAUACAUAUCUACGUCCACAAA